AUGCAGGUGGCCGGUUGUGAAUGUAUGACAUUCUCCCGUAUGCAAGCUAAAACCAUCCGGGUAUUCCUGGACCAGCAAAUAAUGGGACAGCAGCGUGAAAGCCGCACCAGCGACGGCAAGCGAUGGCGGCAGCGACGAAAUGAGGAUAAGCCGCCAGGUGCUCCUGCGGAAGGGCAGCAACCAGGCAGCCUGAGCGACACGGCCAGCGGCUGCAUCUCGACGUCGCCAGUGCCAAAUAACUCAGCCCCCAAGAGCCCAGUCUGUGGGCUGGAGAGGCACUUGCAGGUGGACUUUUCACUAGAGUCUCCUGUGGCUCUGAUCGUGGUGGGUCGUUGCACCAUUGCAGACGCAGACGAUUCUGAUGAUUUGGUCCGCGGCGGGUUCCAGCCGCGCCUUCCGACUUCACUGCCGCCCCCAGGGCAGCAGCAGCAGCCGUCGCCGCUACCACGCCGACAGCCCGUCCCGUUGAUGCCUCCCGCGCAGCUUCAUCCGGGAGCGCCCCAUGUGGUCGCUCCGGCGCCUGCGGUCCCUCUUCAGUCGCCACCGCCUUCGGAGCUGAUCGACGUCGACUCCUCAGCCGGGCCGCCUUCCCAAGCGGUGGCUGUGCAGCCUGUCCUGCAGCCGCUUUCCUUGGGCACCCCCAAGGAGUCUGACACCGCAGCGCCUUGUCCGGCGCCCACUCAGCAGCCGUCGACGCAGCGUCAGGAGACGCUGCCUCUCUUCGUGGGUCCCGACGCCCCGUCGCGUCCAGUACCAGAAGCUGCGCCCGUGGACACAGGCAAUAAUGAUGUUUUCAUCGCGACGUUCAUCUGUCAUGUUGCAGAAUAA